CCAAAAGAAGGACUCCGAAUCCAAGAUAUACUUGUUAGGAUUGCAGUCCUGUUCUUGAUAAGGGACAAGCUCAUCGUCAAAGAAUCCGAAGCACAAACACAACAAUCGAGCUUGCAACUUCACCCAAGUCUCAAACAACCUUUUAAACCUCAUCAAACAUGUCUCUGAUUCCAUCAUUGCUAAGCAACAGAAACAUCAUGGACCCCUUCUCCACCAACAUCUGGGCACCCUCUGACUCCGACAGCGAGGUUUCCGCCUUCGUGAACGCACGUGUGGACUGGAAGGAAACCCCGGAGUCGCAUGUGUUCAAGGCGGACUUGCCGGGGCUGAAGAAGGAGGAGGUGAAGGUGGAGGUGGAGGAAGGGCGCGUGUUGAACAUCAGCGGAGAGAGGAGCGUCGAGAAAGAGGACAAGAAUGAGAAGUGGCACCGCGUCGAAAGGGGUCGUGGAAAGUUCCAGAGGAAGUUCUGGUUGCCUGAGGAUGCCAAAGUUGAUGAAGUGAAGGCCUCUAUGGAGAAUGGAGUGCUCACUGUUAUUGUUCCUAAGGUGCCGGACAAGAAGCCUGAGGUAAAGACCAUUGAGAUCAGUGGUUGAAUAACUUCAAUUGAGACCAUUGAGAUCAUAUGAUACUUGAACCUCUUGAAUAGGAGUUAAUUGUUAGAAAGAAUGGCAAAAUAAAAUUCAAUAAUCGAUGUAUAAAAAUCGUAUUCGUUUUCUUAAGUGUUAAUGUUGUGGUGGUUGUAAAUCUUGUAUUAAUUUUUACUUGUGAGGUAAUUCACUAGUUUCUUGUAAUAAAACAUAAAGGGAGAAAUUACUGUUUUA